ACGGUGCAGUGUUGAUUGUAGUGGGUAUGAUCUGUCUGGCGAUAAGCAUGGCUUCUCUAGUGGAAGCACGCCAUUACCAGUCGUCUCCCUCGUCUUCUUCAUCAUCUUCUUCAUCUUCGUCUCCAUCAUCUUCAUCGGGUAGGGGGAAUUCAUCAGGCUGUCCACUGAAUGCAUUGAAAUUGGGAGCGUGUGUGGACGUGCUAGGAGGGCUGGUAAAUGCUACCAUUGGAGAUCCCGCUGUGAACAAAUGCUGCCCUGUUCUGCAAGGCGUUUUGGAAAUUGAGGUAGCUCUGUGUUUGUGUACAACAAUUAGGGCAAAGGUUCUGAACCUGAACAUCAUCCUUCCCAUCGCACUUGAGCUCUUCGUUCAGUGUGGUCUCACCCCUCCUCCUGGAUUCAAAUGCCCACCCCUUAAUUAAAUAAGGCAGACUUAAAUAAGGCAACUCUUUAACGUGAUGCCACUCCUUCUAGUACGUAGAUAGAGAUUUCUUAUGGAAUUUGAAUUCAGUCUGUAUUCGUCUAAGUAAAAAACAUUG